AGAAGGAGAAGCAGCACAAGAAGUAGUGGAUCAAAACAAUGGAGAUCGCAAGGGUAGUUUUGUUUCUGUUUUGCUUGUAUGGGCUUGUAGUGUUUGCAGUGGGCAAGGUUGAGGAAUUAGGCAUUCCUAAGAAGAAUAAGACCAUUUCUGAGAUAUUCUCAGUGGAUGACUUCGAGACUCUGUUCAGCAAAAGAAACGCUCCGUUGGCUCAUGCCCAGAGCUUCUGGGAUUACCACUCUUUCAUCACCGCCGCCAAAAGCUUCAAAUUUGAUCACAAAGGAUUUGCCUCCACAGGUGGUGACAUCGUGCAAAAGAGAGAGCUCGCUGCCUUCUUAGCCCACGUUGCCACUGAAACAUCAUGUGCAUCGUUAAUGGCGGCUAGUCCUACAGAAGAUAGUGCGACAAAAUUUAAAUGGGGACUGUGCUACAAUCAAGAGCUCAGCCCCGAUCAAACUUACUGUGAAUCAAGCCUGGUCUAUCCAUGUGCUCCUGGAGCCACUUACCAUGGACGUGGGGCGUUGCCUGUUUAUUGGAACUACAACUAUGGAAAAAUUGGAGAAGCACUGAAGGUGGACCUCCUACAUCAUCCUGAGUAUUUGUCAGACAAUGCCACCUUGGCAUUCGCAGCAGCCAUGUCGAAAUGGAUGAGCCCCGUGAAGGUGAAGCAGCCCUCUGCUCAUGAAGUCAUGACAGGAAAGUGGGUUCCUACCAAGAAUGACACACUUGCCUCCAGACUUCCUGGAUUUGGCAUGACCAUCAAUAUAUUGAAGGGUGAGGCUGAAUGUGGAGCUGGUUCUGAUAAUAAGCAGAUGAGCGAUCGAGUUGCACAUUAUCUCUAUUUUCUUGACCAGAUGAACGUCGGAAGGGAUAAUGCCGGUGACAAUCUUGAUUGCUCUGAUCAAAAAGUUCUCAACCCAUCUUCUACCUCUUCACGUUGAGUUCUGAUUUGGAUCCAGUAAAUAAAUAAAUUUGUAUAUGCGGAUUGUUUGAGCUCUAUAAAUUGUUAUAAUGUUUGGUACUUUUAUGCUUCAUCAACCAAAGCAUUCUGCUUUCCAAGCUUAAUGUAAUGAGAGGUUUAUGCAUUUAGCAUCUGCUUGUAAACGGCUUUUGCUAAUUGUCCUGUUAAGAUGUUUGUAAUGUAAAUGGUGUACAGAAAUUUUCUGUUCACUUUGCCAGUAGUCUGUAACAAUUUGUUUCGAUGGACUGAAGAAUUUAAAUUGAAAUAUGAAAGAAAAAUUUAUAUUA